AUGUAUCACUCGGACGGGCCGCCCUGCAUCUUGGGCCGCUACCGCCUGCUGGGCCGCCUCAUGGGCAAGGGCAACUACGCCCGCGUGGAGGAGGCCGUGCACCUGGACGUGGACAACGCGCACGUCGCCGUCAAGAUGAUCGACACGCACACCGUCAAAGACCCGUACGUGCUGCGUCACCUGGAGCGCGAGGCCAAGGUGCUGCAGCAGCUCAAGCACCCCAACAUCAUGGCCAUCUUCGAGGUGCUCCGGACGGGCAGCUUCUACUGCAUGGUCACCGAGCCCCUCUACGGCGGGGAGCUGUGUACCCACGUCAACCGGCAGCCGCGCGGCCACCUGGACGAGGCCACCACGCUCGUGUUCGGCGCGCAGCUCAUCUCGGCCGUGGCGCACAUGCACGCGCUGCAGGUGGUGCACCGCGACCUCAAGACCAAGAACAUCAUGCUGAGCAAGCGCGGCGACCACGUCAAGAUCGUCGACUUCGGGCUGGGCAGGACGUGGUCCCGGACGCGGCCGCUGCUCACCCACUGCGGCUCGCCCGGGUACGCGGCGCCCGAGAUCUACCAGCGCGACAGCCUUACCCGCAGGCCGUACGGGCCCGAGGUGGACCUGUGGAGCCUGGGCGUGGUGCUGUACUACAUGGCCGUGGGCAGGAUGCCGUUCCCGCCGUGCCGCGACAAGGGCCGCACCGCCGAGGAGCGCCGCCGCCGCCUGGUCGCCAUGAUCAGCAAGGGCGCCACCGACCACCACGUCAAGCUCAUGGGCCACUUCUCGCCCGAGUUCCGCGACCUGGUGCAGGGUCUGCUGACGGCCAGCGUGCCCCGGCGCAUGACGCUGCAGCAGGCCAUCCAGCACCCCUGGGUGGCCAACCGCCUGCGCGCGCGCCAGCUGCUCAACAUCACCUACAGGCUGUCCAGCCAGGAGCGCGCCCUGGUGCUCGCCAAGGUGGCCAUCCUCAUGAAGAGCACGGUGCAGUCCAUCGAGGCGCAGUGGCGCCAGAACCGGCUGGGCGAGGUGGCCGCCAUGUGCAACAUCCUGGCGCACAAGCAGCUGUCCGCGUACCACGCGGCCUGGGCGCUGCGCCCCGUCAGCCCCAAGAGACCGGGGCUCAUGGGGGCGGCGGGCGCCGCGAGCCAGCCCUACCGCGCCAAGCAGGCCGAUCGCCAGCCUCUCGCUUGCCGUGCAGGGCCGUCGUCGGAGGCGGACGACAACGAGGCGCUCGUGGACCAGCCGCCCAGCAGCGCCUACGAGGGCGGCGAGGAUGACCGCCAGGUCAGCGCCACCUCCGUCACGUCCCUGUGCAGCGAGCUCGCCAACGCGCUUCCGCCACCGCCCCGCCCUCUGGCACUGCUGCACGCGCCGCUAGAGCACGACGACGAGGACCUCGACGAGCACGGCGACGACGGCGAGGACAGCGACGACGACAGUUCGGCAGGGAGCGCCACGGUCGUGGAGGCCACGCUGGAGGGCGGAGAGGAGCUCGAGGGUACGACGCCGACGGCCGAGACGGUGCAGGCCACGCAGGCUGCGGUCGAGGCGGAGGACACGGUAGAGGACAGCAAGGCGGCGGACACGGCGGGCAGCGACGCCAAGGGUCGAGACACGGGCAUGGCGAAGAUAGACGCAUACAUCGUGGGCUGCCUGCUGGACGACGCGGACGGCCAGGAGCAGCUGCAACCGCUCCCCGAGACGCGGGUCAUGUUCUACACCGAGACCAUCCUGGACAACAUCCACGCCGCCACGGCCACGGCCCCGGCCUCGGCCAAGCUGAAGGAGGCCUGCACGGCCACUGUGGGCACCAACAGCACGGCCCCGGCCGGCGCCCUGCCCAUCAAGUCGGCACUAGCCUCACAGACCGGGCUGUCCGCCAAGACCCGGAAGGCGGUGUCUUUCUCCAUCAUCACGACGGCGCAGUCCGCAGACUCGGUGGUGUUGGAGCAGCGCAGGGAGACCGGGGUGCAGGCCAACCUCGGCAACCCCUACAGGCACACAGUGUCGGCCACUGCCGGUGCCGGCACACUGCCGCAGCCUGACAUUCAGACUUCAGACGCAGAGUUGCUGCAGCAGAGGCCAAGUAAAGAUGUUCAGACUGGAGAGCCUGUCGUCGUGCAAAGCAGCACACCACAAAAUUGUGAAGGGAAUUCCGACUUGGCUGAUGGUACAAGUUUGCCAGAGAGUGAUGUCUGCAGAGGGAAUUCGCAAACUCUCAAGGAGAUGACAGAGGUCGUUGACCAGUGCUCUAAACCAUCAAAGCAAGACAUAAAAUUUGACAACAAAGCUAAUGCAGCAAAAUUUUUCAAUACUGUUCCCCUUUCACGUAAAGUAAGCCCUGAACCCAAAAAGAAUAUAUACGAAGGUCGCAGGUGGCCUUUCCGCUCCCCAAGACUAGUUUACCAAAGAAUGAAGAGUCAGUCAAAGCUAUCUGUUGCUUACCUCCUUGACAGUCAAGAACACCUAGUGAAUAUAACAGGCAAGCGGGGGCUGAGUGGUGCAGCAGUGCUGCCCACAGGACCAACCCAUUCUACAAUGCUGCCUGCACACCAGGAAGAAAGUGGAGAGGAGGACGCACUUGCAACACAUAUUACAUCCAAUGCCAUUCAGACUCGAGGAAACUCAUCACAGAGAGGGAAAUCCACCAGCAAGCCCACAGACUCAGAAACCAAUAGUGCCAUGAAUACUUCAGAAUCAAGAGCACACGAUGAUGACAAAAUUAAUCAGGAUAGCCAUAACACUAAGGGGCCCCUUCAUACAGUUGCUGAGAUGGUCAGGACAAGAUUGGGUGCCGUCAAAGAAAAGAAUACAGAAAAGCAGCAGGAAAGAGCAGAGCCUAAAGCUCGCCCCAAAGAGAAAAAGAGCAGCGCUACAAGAUAUCGAAGAUUUUUCCCAAAUAGAUAUCGCGUUGACCUUGCAUUAGUAAUGACAUUAGAAAGAUCAAGGAAAUUGCUGUUACCAUCAAUACACAGUCCAAGGACACCUCCAAAACAAGAAAAGUAAUUAGAAACACCCAAUCUAAUGGAAUGUAUAUAUUGACAAGAUCAAAAAUCCUACAAGAUUGAUAGGGCAAAUGCAAGGAGAUCAACUUUUAGUGGGCAAAAUGGAUGUUAAGUAUAUUUAUUGAUGUGUUUUAAUAUUACUGUUAAAUUUAUUUAAGAUUUUGAAUGGUUUGCAUCAACUGUACAACAAAAGCAUGAAACGAUCAGAUGAGAAAUUGAAAUCUCUAUGAAUUGUUUUGAACAAAAAAAAUCUUGUAUCCGAUGUAUGUACUAUCACCAGAUAUGAGCAAUAAACUAAGUUAAA